AAGAAGGAACGUUUGUGUUGGAGGAAAGAUAUUCACAGAAACAAGAUGGAUUUCGGCAGCAAUUUUGUGUAUCUUGGAGAAGAUGAAGAAGAAGUAAUCAACUCAAAUUCAUCUUCAGAGGAAGAGGAAACAGAAGGAGAUGCGAAGGAAUGUAUGCUGGACAUUCUGGACACAGCUGGACAGGAGGAGUAUUCCGCAAUGAGAAAUGUUUACACACGGUCAGCUCAAGGCUUCAUCAUUGUGUAUGACAUCACAAACAGGGAGUCCUUCGAUGAGGCAACGGCCAUGUUUACGUUCCUGGAAACAUGCAAGCAGGGAGAAAAGUUUUACGCUGUCCUUUGUGGCAACAAAUCUGACCUGGAUGCCCAGCGAGUUGUUUCCACAGCAGAAGGUACCGACCUGGCCAGCCAGAAGCAUAUACCCUUCAGGGAGACGUCAGCCAAAACAGGGGACAACGUCAAGGAAGCUAUUGAUGAUCUUCUCAGGACAAUCCCUCGCCACGGAAUUGAAUAUAAGCUGGCAACGCUUGGUUCGGGUGGGGCGGGCAAGUCGUCGGUCACCUUGCGUCUCGUGCAAGACACGUUUGUUGAGAACUAUGACCCCACCAUUGAAGAUUCCUACAGGAAGAUGAUCAGUGUGACAGGCCUUCCUAAGAUGGAGGCAAGAAAAAAGAAAAAGAGGUUUUCAUCGUCUGCUCAAUCCCAGGCAUUUGGUGGACUACAACAGAGUGCUGCCUCAUUUGGUGCCAAGAAGAAAGGCGGUGUCAUGUCUAGUCUGAAGAGAGUGUUCAGUGGAAGAAGGCAGGCCCAGGCAACGCCCAAUGCAGCUUCACGUCCACCUCCACCGCCACCUCCAGCGCCAUCGAGUAGGACACCCAUGAAGACAAAGAAGAUUGAUGGUAACAUCGUGCACAUCCCCCUUGGUUCACUGGCAGAUGACCCACAGCUUGUGACGGGGGAUCCAGUUCGGUGCAGCAAGUGUGAUGCUGUUUUGUGUCAGACGUCAGUCCUCGUAGACGAUGGAGAUACACGUCUGUGGACAUGUGAGUACUGCGGUAAAGAGAACAAAAAACUAGAAGUUACAGCAGAGGAGAUACCGAAAGAGUUGAUGUUUGACUACAUGUUGAGUCCAGCAACUGAGAAAGAAGAGGAGGAGAAGGAGGGCAAGGAGGAGGUUGUCCAGAAGGUCACGCCAGGAAUUAUUGUGUACUGCAUGGAUAUCAGCGGCUCAAUGGACUCCAAAGCAGAUGUCCCAGAACUACAAGCGGCAUGGAAGCAGGCUCGAAGUGGAGAGGAGCUGGAGGCAAAAUCUCGGCUGGAGUGCAUCAAGGAGGCCGUGAUGAGACAAGUAGAGCUGUUGAAACAAGAGCAGCCUGAAAAGCAGGUCAUGUUGGUCCCCUUUGACUCGGGAAAUUGAGAUUGUAGGCGAUGGGACUGGAGGCAGCAAGACGGUCACUGGAGUUGACAGGGUUAACUUUGAUGCCCUCAUCAAGGAGGGACAAAAGCAAGCAAAGAAAAAGGAGAUCAAACCU